ACAACAUGAGGAAAUGUAUUAAGGGGUCACGGCAUUAGGAAGGUUGAGAACCGCUGCUCUAGAGGGAAUGUUUAGGGGAAGGAAGAAUUGUAUGUGGGGUAGGGAAGUUGGGGUGGACACAUUACCUCAAUGUAAGCAAGCACACAACAAAUAUUAACUGCUGUUAUUAACAAUUAUUAAUCUGUCCAAGAUUACACAGCUGGUAAAUGGUAGGGACAGGAUUCAAACCAGGCAGUCUGACCUCCAGACUCUAAAUCUUUAAGUCCCUUUAUUCUGACUUUUGUGAAACAUCCGUGAGUAAUACCCUGCCCCAAAGAUAAAGUCCAGACUCUCUAAUGUGACCCACGAUACUCUGUCCCUUCCCUCAUAUACUUUCAACCACUCCUUUCCUCACAGUCCCGUGCUCCCCGACAUGAUCUUUAUGUUCCAGCUACCAAAACCCUCUCUCAAUACCUGCAAGGCAUUUGAGCAGCAGCCCCCAUUGCUCCUAUACCCUCUUCCCACUAUCCUACCCUGACCAGCUUCCUCUCUUCUUUCAAGUCUUACCCUAUGACUUCUUCUGCCAGGAAGCCUGCCUGGGGUUGGUUCCCCCUUUUAGGCGUCUCAUGGCUUCCUCCCUCUGAUUGUUGAGGUCACAUAACUAGGUUGUCAGUUCUCCUUUAGUGUCUGUCUUCCAACCAGACUGUGAACUCUGAGGACUAGAGCCUGUCUGCUUGGCUCACUACUGUACUCUCUGGGCCUGCACCAGGGCGAUGAGGAAGGGGGGAGCUGAGUAUGAGUGAGGGGGUGGGGGUCUGAGUGAACUGGGCUGCCCAGACACAGAAACAGCAGAUCCUGAGCUGUUGGAGGGGUAGAUUUCAAAUCUGGUCUACCCUAACGCCCCUACCCCACAUACAAGUUUCCCUGUCUUUUCCCUACUUUCUGAUUAUAUCAGCAAGUGGGGUUCUGCUCCCUGGGGAUGGGGCAAGGCAGGGUUCCCCUGAGAUUCUACAACUGAGUGGGUGGGAUGGCUUCAGAGCAGGGUGAUUGUCCCAUCAAUUUUCUCUGACUGGGGCUUGGCUGCCACCGACCCCCUAGUCCCACAGGGAACCAGGAUGUAUAACUCUUGGUCCAGACUGCUCCCAAAUGACCAUCAGAAUACCCAUCUGAGUGACCAUUUCAGGGGGUGAAUAGGCAGGAUAGCCCCUGCUGUGGGGGAGGGAAAGAACUGAACCCCUUGAGCUAAGGAAGACGGUCCACCUGAACUUCAGGUGAAGGUUGGCUAGUAAGAGCCAGAGGACUCUCUGGACUCAAGCCAGCCCUGAAACCUGUUCUGGACAUGGGAAUGAACCCAGGUUCCAAAGGUGAUGGGGCCUGCAGCACAGCCAGCUAGGGGCAGCUGGCAAUGUAACUAUAGCCAUCUGCAUGGCUCUAGAUCCUGUGACCCCCAAUGGCCCCAAUACCCUCAAUAGGCCAAGACUGCACUUGUGUGAGGCAGGAAGUCCCACCACUUGCACUUCCCAGUUCAGUGGUCACCUCGCCCUGGGAGUCACCGGGUCCAGCUCUACCCCGCUGCCCUGCAGACCCAGACUGAGGUAAACAAAUGCUAAAAAUAACACGGGCAAGGGGCGGUUGCAAGGGAGAGUGGGUCGCUCCUGAGCCUGCCCCUGUCUCCAUGGCAACUGCCCCAAACCUGGCUGCUGAUGUCAUUCCGCAGCUGUGGAGGAGCUGCCUGGACCCCCACCCACCCCCGGAACCAGAACCAGGGGAGGCAACCAGGUAGCCUCACUUCCUGCUGGCCCCCUCCCUAGUCAGCUGGUCACAUUCCCAAGCCUGGUGGCCUCCAAUGGGCCAGGCUUGGCAGGGGCAUGAGUCCCAGCUGCAGCAAUGGGUUGCCCUGACUCAGCUGCACCCUUUUCGCCUGCUUUUCCACCCAGGGAGGACUCAGGCUGGAGCCCUGCGUGUUCCCCCCACCCCCCACUCAAGUCCAGGCCUCUCUCUCUGGCUGCUGCCCCCACAGGACCCAGGACCCAGAGCAAGGGUUGAAGUGAGAGCUAACUAAGCCAGGCCUCCUAGUCUUACUGGAGUACUUUGUACCUCACUCUCUGAUUCUCAUCUCCCCCACUAUGCCACGGAGGUGGAUAGUGUAAUGCAAGAAUUCAGAUCUGGGUCUAAUUCGCACCUCUCCCCAAACCAGCUGUGUGACCUUGAGACUAUUACUUAACCUCCCUGGGCCUGCACCUGCCAGAUUGUCAUAACCCUCCUAAGAAGGCUGUGCCAGUGCUGAACGCUGCAGGCCUAGCUAGGGCAAGGCGCAGGGCACCGUUAUUGUUAUAGUAGACUGCACACAGUAGGUACUCAGCCAACCAUCCUGGACACACAUUAGGAGCAACAAAGUAGGACUGGCUGGGAAGGGUCAGUCCCAAAGGCUGGAUUCAGGCCUCAGCCAGGAGAGGAAGACACAGGGUGCCGAGGCCGGACUUAGCCCUGGCCAUGCUGACCGCAGUGCUGCUGAGCGGUGCCCUGCUGCUGGCACUGCCUGCCAUGCAGGGGGCCCAGAUGGGCUUGGCCCCCCUGGACGGCAUCGGAAGGCCUGACCAGGCCCUGUUCCCAGAGCUGCCAGGCCUGGGCCUGAGGCCUGGGCUGAAGAAGACAACUGAGGAACAGGCGGAAGAGGCUCUGCUGCAGGAGGCCAAGGACUUGGCAGAGGUGCUAGAUCCUGAAGGACGUGAAUCACGCUCCCCUCGUCGAUGUGUGCGGCUGCAUGAGUCCUGUCUGGGACACCAGGUACCGUGCUGUGACCCAUGCGCCACGUGCUACUGCCGAUUCUUCAACGCCUUCUGCUACUGCCGCAAGCUGGGUACUGCCAUGAACCCCUGCAGCCGCACCUAGUUGGCCGAAGUCAGAGUCAGGGCUGGGAUAGGGGGGCAUGAAUAAAGUUUGGGACCAAUCCCAAGGCUGUGGCAUUAUUUCGAACGUGGACGUCGGACGGGGGAGGUCAGGGCAGGGAUGGGCAUGUCUCCAAGCUUAGAAACCACACACAUAUCCCUACCCCAGGGCCCAUGUUACCCCAUCAUCUGAGUUACACACACGCUCUUAGGGCGCCAGGCACCGUUGGAGGAAGCAGAGAGAGAGAGCUGCGCUCCAGCCCUCGAGUAUCAUGUGCAGUAAAUGCGGGGAAGGGAGAGCGCAGCGCGGGAUAGGGGCUGUAUGUAACUCCUGGCUGGCGAACAAGCAUUAGGCUCCAAGACCUGCCUGCAGCUAACUCGACGUGUGACCCCCAGCGAAGCCCGCCCCUU